AUGUCCAAUGUUGCGACCAUUACUAAAGCCGCUCAGCCUGAUAUUCAGUAUCAUCCUGACUAUGUGAAAUAUCAAGAGCGCACACACCGUCGCAGGGAGACGGAGUCGCUCCAACCUAGUGUCCCGGCAGGAUUUCCUCAGAAAUUAACUUCUCCACUUGUCUGGGAAGGAAAGGAUAUCGAGAAAAGGACCGACUGGAUAUACCAGCUGAGCGAUUCGCAACUGGAUGAGAUUGAUGGUGCCUUGCAGGGGUUUAAAGCCCUCAACAAGCCACUGGGAUACAUAAAUGAGUCGACCUUCCCACUCCCCAACGUCGGGCCAGUCCUGAGGGGCCUCUCAAAGGAACUUCACAAUGGCCGAGGAUUUUUCGUUCUUCGAGGCCUGCGUAUUGAUGAAUACUCACGAGAGGAUAAUAUUAUUAUCUAUACUGGGGUGUCUUCCUAUAUCGGAAGAAUUCGCGGUCGCCAGCAGGAUACACGGCUUCAAAAUGGGACAUCCCCGAUGAUCUCGCACAUCAAAGAUAUCACGAGCACCGUAGACAGAGAAAAGAUCGGAGCACCUUCCAAUACGGCUGAUAAACAGGUCUUCCAUACGGAUGCCGGAGACAUCAUCUCUCUCCUUUGCCUCAGUCCUGCCGCUGAAGGAGGCGAGAGCUAUAUUUCAAGCAGCUGGAACGUUUACAACAUUCUCGCGAAAGAGAGACCCGAUUUGAUCCAUACGCUUUCCCAAGACUGGCCGGUUGAUGGGUUCAAUAAUCCCAAGAAGCCCUAUACUCUCCGUCCUCUUCUGUAUCACCAACCUGCGACCGCAACCAGUCCUGAGCGCGUGCUCAUUCAGUAUGCCCGGCGAUACUUUACAGGAUUCCUCGCCCAGCCUCGGUCCGCCGAUAUCCCUCCUAUCAGUGAAGCCCAGGCCGAGGCGCUGGAUGCCUUGCAUUUCCUGGCUGAGAAACACAGUGCUUCCCUAGACUUCCAGAAAGGCGACGUUCAAUAUGUCAAUAACCUGAGCAUUUUUCAUGCGCGGAAUGGAUUCAGAGAUGGCCCUGGCAGAGAGCGUCAUCUGCUCCGUCUCUGGCUCCGAGAUCCUGAGAAUGCCUGGGCGACACCCGAGCCUCUUCAGUACCGCUGGGACACCGUGUACAAAGAUAUCACCGAGGAUGAGCAAGCCUUUCCUCUGGAGCCAGCUCUGCGAAAGAAUGUUGGCUCUUGA